AAAUGAAUUGCGCAUGCGGCCGGCCAGUGAGGCGGGACCAAUGAGCGGGUCAGACGUGCGCACGCCCAUUGAAUCUCCUCUCGCGCCUGUCAGUUUCGAUCUUGAUUGAAGACCAGCUAUGGAAAAAUGGAUCUUAAUUACAAUUACUGUGUUACUUGGACUUAUUGUCCGAUGGACUGUGUCACUUGGUCCUUAUUCAGGUGCAGGAAAACCACCUAUGUAUGGAGACUAUGAAGCUCAAAGACACUGGCAAGAAAUUACUUAUAAUCUGCCAGUCAAACACUGGUACUUUAACACCAGUGACAAUAAUUUACAGUAUUGGGGCCUUGACUACCCACCUCUUACUGCUUAUCACAGUCUUCUGUGCGCUUAUGUGGCAAAGUUAAUAAAUCCCAGUUGGAUUACUCUACACACAUCUCGUGGGUAUGAGAGUCAGUCACACAAGUUAUUUAUGCGUGCAUCAGUUCUUGUUGCUGAUAUGCUAGUUUAUAUUCCUGCAGUAAUCUUAUACUGCUUUUAUUUAAAAGAGACAUCACUAAAAAAGAAGAUUUCUAGUGCUCUCUGCACAUUGCUUUAUCCAGGUCUCAUUCUGAUUGACUAUGGACAUUUUCAAUAUAAUUCCGUGAGUCUUGGUCUCGCUUUGUGGGGAGUGCUGUUUCUCUCUUAUGACUUUGACCUUUUGGGCUCUGUAGCAUUUUGUUUUGCUCUAAACUACAAACAAAUGGAGCUCUACCACGCUUUGCCCUUCUUCUGCUACCUGCUGGGAAAGUGCUUCAAGAAAGGCCUGAUGGGCAAGGGGUUAUGGCUGUUGAUGAAACUGUCUUUUAUUGUCAUUCUUUCUUUUGCAAUCUGCUGGCUCCCAUUUUGUAUGGACAUUGAACAAGUUUUGCAAGUGCUCCGAAGGCUCUUUCCAAUAGAUCGAGGUUUGUUUGAGGAUAAAGUAGCCAAUAUUUGGUGCACUGCAAGCAUUCUUUUCAAAAUAAAGACAAUUCUGCCAACAGAAACACAACUUAAAUUAAGUUUUGCUUUAACAUUCCUGACUGUACUUCCCAGUUGCAUAAAAUUGACGCUGCAACCUUCGCUCAGAGGAUUUAAAUAUGGCUUGGUUUGCUGUUCAUUGUCUUUCUUUCUCUUCUCAUUCCAAGUGCAUGAAAAAUCUAUUCUUCUUGUUUCGGUACCAGUCUGCUUAGUUAUACAUGACAUUCCUUUUAUCUCUACAUGGUUUCUUUUAGUUUCAACUUUCAGCAUGCUUCCCCUUCUAUUAAAGGAUGGCCUUUUUUUGUCUUACACUGUCACAAUUUUGGCUUUCCUCCUGGUGUGUACAACUUCUUUUUCAAUAUUUGAAAAAACAUCCGAAGAAGAUCUGCAGCUAAAAAAGCUUUCCAGUUAUCUAAGGAAAUACAUUACUUGGUUUAAGACAUUUUCAAAAGUUAUGAAGAGUUUAUUCUUCAUCUCAGUAACUCUGAUGAGCAUCCUAACUCUAAUGAGCGCUACGGUGGAACCGCCAAAGCAUCUGCCAGAUUUAUUUCCAGUAGCUGUCUCUGUUGUAUCCUGCUUACACUUUCUCUUUUUCUUACUGUAUUUUAACAUCAUUGCAAUGUGGGAAUCAAAAGAUGGUCGAAACCAGAAAAAAAAUAAUUAAUUUUAAAUGCCAACUUAGAAAAUUAAUGGCUCUUACUUGGGACAUACCAUUAAUAUUUCCAUAGACCUUUGUCUUAAAGUGUUCGAUAAUGGAAUGAAAUUCUUUUUGUCAUUUCAUGUAUUUUCUAAGAAAAGCCAAAUUAAAAUAUUUACAUGUUCUUUUGUGCUUACUUGCUCUUUUCUGUACAAUAACAAAGAACCCAAACAGUAAGUUUGAUAGUAAGUUCAAAAUAAAUCCAGAAAAUAAGAAGCAUCUCAA